GCUUCAAAGUUCUUUGGGCAGCGCCCAGGCUCGCAGCUCUUUGCGUGCUCCAGCCUGCCCUAAAAGUAAGCCGCUCUGCGAGGAAGAAAAGAGUUUUGAGAGGGGCGUAAACGCCUCUUAUGCAGCGACCACACAUCCGUCUAACCGUGGAUUGAGUGGAAGCCCUCAAGGAAAGGAAGGCCAGCUUUCUAAGCAUGUGGAGCCGAUACCGGGAGUCUUGCACUAGGCAAAGUAGGAUGGGAGAUGUGAACGCAAGGUCAGAAUAUUUGGAUCUAUAUUGAAGACAUCUGAAGUCACAUAUAAGAAAUUAUGUCUUUCUUAAUCAAAGGUGCUCAGAAGCAUGGUUUUAUCUGUCAAAUCCACAAAGAAUUAUUAUUUAAAAAAUGUAUAUUGAAGAGUUCAAAAGCCUUGAAUGGACAAAAUAUGAGAUCUUCACAAGCAUUCUCUCCAGUUGAUUCCAAAAAUAUGGACUCCUUCAGUUAUAUAAUAGUUGGAGCUGGGUCUGCAGGAUGUGUUUUAGCCAACCGAUUGACUGAAGAUCCUCACAAUACUGUGAAACUGCUUGAAGCAGGGCCAAAAGAUACUGUUUUAGGUAGCAAACGAUUAAUGUGGAAGAUUCAUAUGCCUGCUGCUUUAACUUACAACCUCUGUGAUGAGAAGUAUAAUUGGUACUACCAUACAACACCCCAAAAACAAAUGGAUAAUCGAAUUCUGUACUGGCCAAGAGGAAGAGUCUGGGGUGGUUCUUCAUCCCUCAAUGCCAUGGUAUAUAUUCGGGGCCAUGCAGAAGAUUAUAACAGGUGGAGUAAAGAAGGGGCUGUUGGAUGGGACUAUGAAUUUUGUUUGCCUUAUUUUAAGAGAGCACAAACUCAUGAGUUGGGUGCUGACCUUUAUCGAGGAGGGAAUGGCCCACUUCAUGUGUCACGGGGAAAAACAAAAAACCCUCUUCAUUUUGCAUUCUUGGAUGCAGCUCAGCAAGCUGGGUAUCCUUUCACAGACGAUAUGAAUGGUUUUCAACAAGAAGGCUUUGGCUGGAUGGAUAUGACAAUAUACAAAGGUAAAAGGUGGAGUACAGCCAGCGCAUACCUUCGCCCUGCGUUAUCACGUCCAAACUUGUCUACAGAAGACAGUACACUUGUAACCAAAGUUUUAUUUGAAGGGACCAAAGCAAUUGGUAUUGAGUAUAUUAAAAACGGAGAAAAGAAAAAGGUUUUUGCUAGUAAGGAAGUUAUUUUAAGUGGAGGUGCCAUAAAUUCUCCACAGUUACUUAUGCUAUCUGGAGUUGGAAAUGCAGAUGAUCUAAAAAAAUUAGGAAUCCCUGUGGUCUGCCAUCUUUCAGGGGUUGGCCAGAAUCUCCAAGAUCAUUUGGAAGUGUACAUACAGCAAAAGUGCAUUCAACCUCUAACACUGUAUAAAUCACAAAAGCCUCUUCAAAUGAUCAAAAUUGGUCUUGAAUGGUUUUGGAAAUUUACAGGAGAUGGAGCCACUGCCCACUUAGAGAGUGGUGGAUUUAUAAGAAGUCGCCCAGGCGUUCCUCACCCAGAUAUCCAGUUCCACUUCCUCCCUUCUCAGGUGAUUGACCAUGGGCGUGUUGCUUCACAGCUGGAAGCUUAUCAGGUCCAUAUUGGCCCCAUGCGAAGUACCAGCAUAGGAAAGCUGAAGCUGAAGAGUUCAGUCCCUACUGAGCAUCCAAUCCUUGAGCCUAACUAUUUGUCAACAGAAGUGGAUGUCUGGGAGUUUCGCCAGUGUGUGAAAUUAGCUAGAGAGAUCUUUGCUCAGAAAGCAUUUGAAAAAUUUCGCGGACCUGAGAUUCAACCAGGCGAACAUAUUCAGUCUGACAAAGAAAUAGAUGCUUUCAUAAGACAAAAAGCUGAUAGUGCCUAUCAUCCUUCUUGCACUUGCAAAAUGGGACAGCAUUCUGAUCCUACCGCUGUAGUUGAUCCUGAGACCAAAGUUAUAGGCACAGAAAAUUUGAGAGUAGUUGAUGCCUCAAUAAUGCCUAGUAUUGUUAGUGGGAAUUUAAAUGCCCCAACCAUCAUGAUAGCAGAGAAGGCUGCAGAUAUUAUCUUGGGAUUGCCAUCGCUUCAAGAGAAAAAUGUUCCAGUAUAUAAACCCCAAACUCGGGAAACUCAGCGGUAACUUUCUGUUCUGCACCUGGUUUGCCUCCAUAGGAGAAUCUUGGCCUACUUUUUCCAUAGGAAUAUCUAUAAAAAGUAGCAUCAAUUGGUAUGUUGCCUAAUAACACUAAACCAAAAAUCCACUUUCAGUUUCAGGAAAGAGGGUGUACAAUAGAAAUGAUGCUUUACUUCAGCUAAUAUCUGUUAAUAAUAGAUUACUAGAAACAUCUGAUUAACCACAGAGUUGUUAUAUAGACAUUUGAUGAUAUGCACAGUAAAUUUUUACCACUGAAUGGAACUCAGAUUUUGUACAGUGCUACAAAAAGCUGAAGGAAUAAUGACAAAAAUAGAGUGUAUAUAAUAACAAGUGGAUGGGCUGGUACAUUUAAUAUUUUACAUAUUUUCCACAUCAGAUCUGAAGGUAAGAAAAAAUACCAGCAAUGUAUUUUUUCCAGUAAUGCAAGGUACCAUUUAAUCUCAGAAUGAAAUAAAAUUACCAUUCUGUCACCAUUUUGUAGCUGAAUUCUAUUCAGGAUAUUUUUCUUGGAUAUUCUAAAUAACUGAAUCAGAACUCUGUUCAAGUUAGAUCUCUUUGAUCUAUAUUCUGUAUUUUGGACAUUUUAGACAAUUUUUUUUUCAAUUGUCACUAAGGAAUAGAAAAGAAUGGAAGUUGAAAUGAAGUUGAAGCAUUCAUUUUAGUAGAAAUAAUCAUGAUUAAGUUAUGCUGCUUGUGCUUUGCAAAAUAUAUUCUCAUGUUUCUGGAAUAAGCAAAUUUAAUACAAUUACUAUGUUUAGCCUCAAAUUUUUUUCUUUUUGUUUUGCUAUCUUUUACUGUAGGCACUACUAUGAUUUAUUUUGUCUUACUGUUUAGGUACAUUAAGAGAGUAAUAAAAGCCUUGCCUUGAAUUGGUCUCAUUAAGCAA